GGGGCGGCAAAUUGUGGGUCUGGCCGAAGGCACCGCUGCCUGCGGGAGCUGGUGCCCGGCGGGUGCCCCAGCUCUCCCAGCGCCGUGGCCAAGGCCUCUCCUGGAGGGCCAGAGCCACCUUAAGGCGCGCUUCGCCCGGCUCCCCUGCUUUCUCUGCCUUGCCAGGAGGUAGUUUUUAUUCCAGCGAGGGACCGCUGCUGAAAUCCGGCCAGAUUUUCGCCUGACCUUCUGUUCCUGCUGGGUUUUUUUGUCCCCCCCACCCCAUGCUUUAAGGCCGAUUAGAUUUCCCCCCAGCCCCGUGUCCGAUGGGCCGCUCACGACCCGCUGGGGAGGGAGUCCUGCUCCCCUCUCUCCCGGCGGAGAUCUCCGCUCCGGCACCCCCAAAAUCCUUGCAUUUAAGAUAAAAAAAAAAAAAGCCUGGUCAGAGGAAGCCUCGUGCCCGCCCGGCUCAUCCUGGGCUUUGGCUGCCCUCCUGCUCCUACGGCGGCUGUUGGAGAAGUUCAAGUGCAGGGGUCCUGGGGGGGCUAGCGGGGGCCGCCCCCUUCCCCUGGCUGGUAGCCGUUUGGGGCCAGCAGCUCAGGAUGUACCCGCAAGGACGGCACCCUACCCCGCUCCAGUCCGGGCAGCCCUUCAAGUUCUCCAUCCUGGAGAUCUGCGACCGGAUCAAGGAGGAAUUCCAGUUUCUGCAGGCGCAGUACCACAGCCUGAAGCUGGAAUGUGAGAAGCUGGCCAGCGAGAAGACGGAGAUGCAGCGGCACUACGUCAUGUACUACGAGAUGUCCUACGGGCUCAACAUCGAGAUGCACAAGCAGGCCGAGAUCGUGAAGAGGCUGAGCGCCAUCUGUGCCCAGAUCAUCCCCUUCCUGACACAAGAGCACCAGCAGCAAGUGCUUCAGGCCGUGGAACGGGCCAAGCAGGUGACCAUGGGGGAGCUGAACAGCAUCAUUGGGGUGAGUAGGAGGGGGCCCCUCAGCCUUGUGGGGGGGUGGGAUUUGGGGCCCCCCAUCCCGCUCACCCCCCACCCCUCCGGCCUGCCCCCCUCCAGCCUGGCCGGCACCUCGGGGCUCCUGGCGCUGUCGGGGGCACUGGUAGCCCAGACCCAGCUGGCCGCCAAGGACGACCGAGUGGCUCCGGAUGCUGAGAACAGCAGAGAGCGCACUCCCAGCCGGAGCCUGUCGGCCUCGCCGCCCGAGAGCCUGCCGGACGAGGAGAGGCCGGGCGGCGCCGGCCUUAAGCGCAAACGGGAGGACAAAGACCUGGCGGGACAUUACGACAGCGAUGGGGACAAGAGCGAUUACAACCUGGUCGUGGACGAGGACCCCCCCUCGGAGCCCGGCAGCCCGGUCCACGUGCCCAGCGGCAAGCUCCCGCCCGCCCGCAGGGACAUGCCCGACAGCCCGGCCUCGCUGGGCUCCAGCCGCAGCACAACGCCUCUCAAGCUGAAGGAGCAGAGCCUGACGGACGUCUCGGCCAGCACGCCUGUCCCGAAGUCCACCGGCUCUUCCCCUCCGCGCGACACCCUGACGCCCGGCCCCGGCCCCAGCUCCGUGACCCACCUCCGGCAGAGCUCCGCCAAGACGCCCGCCACCGACACCAUCACCUUGCGCAGCCCCCUGAGCGUAUCCAGUGCCUACACGUCGUCCUUCGGGAUGGUGCCGCACGCGGCCAUCAACGGGGAGCUCGCCGCCCCCAGCACCUACAUGAGCAUCCACCUGUCUCCGCAAGUCAGCGGCACCGUGAUGUACGGCCGCUCGCCCAUGGUGGCAUUUGAGUCUCACCCACACCUGAGGGCCUCCAGCAUCUCCUCCUCACUCUCCAGCAUCCCUGGAGGGAAACCAGCCUACUCCUUCCAUGUGAGCGCCGACGGGCAGAUGCAGCCGGUGCCCUUCCCCCCUGAUGCCCUCCUGGGCUCCGGCAUCCCCCGGCACGCCCGGCAGCUGCACACCCUGACCCACGGCGAGGUGGUCUGCGCCGUCACCAUCAGCAGCUCCACGCGGCACGUCUACACGGGCGGCAAGGGCUGCGUGAAGGUGUGGGACGUGGGGCAGCCGGGCACCAAGACGCCCGUGGCGCAGCUGGACUGCCUGAACCGCGACAACUACAUCCGGUCUUGCAAGCUCCUGCCGGACGGGCACAGCCUCAUCGUGGGGGGGGAAGCCAGCACCUUGUCCAUCUGGGACCUGGCCGCCCCCCCCCCGCGCAUCAAGGCCGAGCUGACCUCCUCGGCGCCCGCCUGCUACGCCCUGGCCAUCAGCCCCGACGCCAAGGUCUGCUUCUCCUGCUGCAGCGACGGCAACAUCGUCGUGUGGGACCUGCAGAACCAGACCAUGGUGCGGCAGUUCCAGGGCCACACGGACGGCGCCAGCUGCGGCACCAAGCUGUGGACGGGGGGGCUGGACAACACCGUGCGGUGCUGGGACCUGCGGGAGGGGCGCCAGCUGCAGCAGCACGACUUCAGCUCCCAGAUCUUCUCGCUGGGGUACUGCCCCACGGGCGAGUGGCUGGCCGUGGGCAUGGAGAGCAGCAACGUGGAGAUCCUGCACGUCACCAAGCCUGAGAAGUACCAGCUGCACCUGCACGAGAGCUGCGUCCUCUCGCUCAAGUUCGCCGCCUGUGGCAAGUGGUUCGUGAGCACGGGGAAGGACAACCUUCUGAACGCCUGGAGGACGCCAUACGGUGCCAGCAUCUUCCAGUCCAAAGAGUCCUCGUCGGUGCUGAGCUGCGACAUCUCCAUCAACGACAAGUUCAUCGUCACGGGCUCCGGCGACAAGAAGGCCACGGUCUAUGAGGUGGUGUACUGAGGGGCCAGGGGCUCCCCCCCGCUGGGACCCUUGACCAAAGCCAGGCCCGGAGACAUCCAUCCCCUCGCCCUCGGCUCCGGGGCUCCCUCGUGGUGGAGGGGAGCGGGGCUCCCUCGUGCAGCGGUGCAGACUUCCCCACGGCUGCCCACGCCGAGGGUGGAGGAACGGCCGCCCCGGGGAAGCAGCAAGCCUCUCGUCCUCCCCGCGUUCCCUCCCUGGCAGCCGCGGCAGGCUAGGGCCGGGGGCAGGGCCCCUGCUCUCUCCCCAGCCUUUGGGGAUGGGCAAAGGGCCGAGGAAGACAGCAGGGGGCAGGGAACGGGCUGGGGCUGAGGCCAGGUCUUUCCCCACCCGAUUUGCUACUGAUUCAGCACCCACCUUUCCCCCAGCCCGUAUGUGCCGGGCGAGGCCGUGUGCCCACCCCGUCCCAAUAAACA